AUGAGGGGUUCGUCGCGGAGGCCGGUGGCCGUGGUGAUGGCCUGGGUGCGGCGCCAGCCGCCCAAGGUCAAGGCCUUCCUCGCCGUCGUCGCGGGGAUGGCCGCGCUCGUCUUCAUCCGCUUCAUCGUCCACGACCACGACAACCUCUUCGUCGCCGCCGAGGCCGCGCACGCACUCGGAAUCGCCGUGCUCAUCUACAAGCUCACCAAGGAGAAGACCUGCGCCGGAUUGUCACUCAAGUCUCAGGAUUUGACCGCAUUAUUUCUGGCUGUUAGGUUGUAUUGUAGUUUUGUUAUGGAGUAUGACAUCCAUACAAUUCUGGAUACAGCUACACUUGCAGCUACUCUUUUUGUUAUUUACAUGAUUCGUUUCAAACUGAGGUCAACAUAUAUGCUGGACAAAGACAACUUUGCCUUGUACUAUGUGGUAUUGCCUUGUGCUGUGCUAGCGCUACUUGUUCAUCCUUCAACAUCGCACAACAUAGUGAACAGAAUCUGCUGGGCCUUCUGUGUUUAUUUGGAAGCAGUUUCAGUGCUGCCCCAGUUGCGCUUGAUGCAAAACACCAAGAUUGUUGAGCCAUUCACAGCUCAUUAUGUGUUUGCACUGGGUGUUGCAAGGUUUCUUAGCUGUGCACACUGGGUCCUUCAGGUUUUGGAUACCCGCGGCCGUUUGUUGACUGCUCUGGGCUAUGGUUUGUGGCCUUCAAUGGUGCUUCUCUCCGAAAUUGUUCAGACAUUCAUCCUUGCAGAUUUCUGCUACUACUAUGUGAAGAGUGUUUUUGGUGGGCAACUGGUGCUGCGGCUUCCGUCCGGGGUGGUGUGA